AUGACUUAUGACAGCAACGUCAUCCCCGGUUAUUCCAGCAGCAGUCAGAAGCUGAGCUUUAAGGAGCGUGUGCGGAUGGCGAGCCCGCGCGGUCAGAGCAUGAAGAGCCGCCAGACUUCCCUCAAUGAGCGCCAGCGUUGCUCCCCCGCCAGCGAGGCGGCAGGCGGAGGGGAGCUGACAGGCGGGAGCCCCGCCAAGGUGCAGAAGAGCUGGAGCUUCAACGACCGGACCCGCUUCAGACCUUCACUUAGGCUGAAGAGCCAGGCCCGCAGCACUGCCCCCGAUGCAGAUGCAGCUAUGGCCACGGAGGACUCCUUCGAUGAGAGGGGCUGUCACUGUGAUGUUACUCUGGAGGACCUAUCGGCUCCCCUCAAGGCUGUCAUCAGGGCUGUCAGGAUCAUGAAAUUCCAUGUGGCGAAGAAGAAGUUCAAGGAGACCUUGCGUCCGUACGAUGUGAAGGAUGUCAUAGAGCAGUACUCCGCCGGUCACCUUGACAUGCUGUGUCGAAUCAAGAGCCUGCAGACCAGGGUGGACCAGAUGCUGGGGAAAGGCCAUAUACCUGUGGACAAGAAGACGAGAGAGAAACUCCACUCUGAUGGAGACCCCCUGGAGGACAUGAGUAUGUUGGGACGCGUGUGUAAGGUAGAGAGACAGGUGACCUCCAUAGAGUCGAAGUUGGACUCCUUACUGGAUGUGUACCGCCAAGUCCUUCAGAAAGGGCCCUCAGCGCUUAGCCUCUCCUCCUUGCCCUUGUUUGAGCUUGACAGCCAUCGCCAGCACCAUAACCCCAACUACCAGAGCUCUCUCCUUGACAGGGGCUUCACCUCCAACUCCACCCGAGGAGGGGACCUUGAUGGGGGUGAAGUAGGAAACUGUGACGAGGUAUCACGAUCCCUGAGCACCAACCUACCUACGGGCUUGCGGCUCAUCCUGGCUCCUGCCGAGGACGACCUUCCACCGGACUCUGCACCUCCAUCCUACCCGCCCUCCACAGCCUCCCUCACCCCCUCCCCCCUGCUGCCCCCUGAUAGCCCCUACCCAGCACUGGGCAACCCCAAGAGACCGUACUCCCCAGACCUCCCCCCCCCAACUGCCUCCACCCUCCAGUUGCCUCUGCUGCACCUCUACCACCCCCAGUGCCCUGCUGAUACUGUCUUGAAUGCCUUGGCGGAUGGAGAGGUAGGAGAGAGGGGGAGCUUGGGCCCUUCCAUAGUGGUAGAUUCUGGCUUGAAUGUUCCACAGGAGGGGGGCAGCAAAGGCGGCCCUGCCCAGAGGAGGGUGCCUCUACGAGGGAAACCAGGCUUGAAAGAUGAGGGGGUCUGGAGGAGACACAUGAGCCUGGACAUCAACCCCCUGCUCCUACAGUCCUCCAGCCCAGACAAGAGGCCUUCAGACUGGGGAAGCAGUCUUGGGAAGUCCCUCUCUGUGCAUAACCUUAGCCAGCCUUCAACUGGCUGUGCCCCUGCUGUAUCCUCUGUGCUCAACACCAGCAGCAGAAGUAGCAACAGCAGUGACUGCUUCCCCGGGAAUGCCCACGGUGUCUUGACCGACUGGGAUGAGACAGAACUUUUCAUUGGCGAAAGCAAGGUACAGCCAGCGGAGGAAGGUUUCACUUUCAUGUCCCAGGGACCGGACUACCUGUCUAAUGCCACCGUGGCGGCCGGUGACCCCCAGCAGACUGUGGGGGAGGGGUCCACAAGCUGUCAGUCUGAAGCCCUCACCAAGGGUGGUACAGAACCUGGCAAAGAGAUUCCAGUUGCCAACACACUGUCAGGAAAAUCCAUGGAUGAUGAGGACAGUUCACUAUCUGAGGCUAUGGAGACCCAGUUUUGGGCCCACAUGUAUAAAGAACCCGUUAAGGCCAUCGACCACGUCUUCCAUGUUAUUCAGUCUCAUCAGUAUCUGUCGAGUGUUGAGGGCCGCUUGGGCUUCUAG